AUGGCCUCCUCCGGCAUGUGGGAGGUGGACCCAGAGACUCGUCGAAAGCUUCUAGAGCUACAGAAGAAGCCCGGGAACGGCUCUUGCGUCGAUUGCGAUUCUCCGAGUCCUCAAUGGGCAUCUCCCAAAUUCGGUAUCUUCUUAUGCCUUAGCUGCGCUGGUGUCCACCGAGGCCUAGGCGUACACAUCUCCUUCGUCCGCUCGAUAACAAUGGACCAAUUCAAAACCUCCGAAAUUCUUCGAAUGACCCACGGCGGUAACAAGACUCUAAAAGAAUACUUCGAAUCCUGUCCAGAAUACUCUUCGUCCAUGUCCGUCGCAGAACGAUAUUCUGCACCGUUCGCCGAGGAUUAUAAAGAAAAGUUAACCUGCCUGGUGGAGGGUACCGAAUGGACUGGUCCAAAACCACGGGAAGCUACACCUGCUAUUAAUAAAAAUGUGAGGAGGACUGGAACGGGUGGGUUAGGCAGUGGAAGCAAUAGCAAUGCUGGCACACCACGGUCCUCAAGUCCUGCCGUUACGACUCAGAAGCAAAGAAAUGAAUCCUAUUUCGAGAAAAUGGGGGCUGAGAAUGCCGGUAGAAGGGAGGAUUUACCGCCAAAUCAAGGAGGGAAGUACUCGGGAUUUGGAAGUACACCGUUGCAAGAGCCGUCGAAUGGAGGUAUUGGAGGGUGGGAUGAUGUCACCAAGGACCCUGUGGGGGCAUUGACGAAGGGGUGGGGUUUCUUUACUAGUUCGGUAGCUAAAGGAGCUAAACAAGUCAACGAGGGGUUUGUACAACCCACUGCUAAGAUGAUCGCCGAAUCAGAUGUUGCAGGUAACGUCCAGCGAACUGCUCUACAAGUUGGCAGUGGAAUUGCCACAACAGCGAAAACUGGGGCGGAUACAUUCAACAGAAUGAUCGAUCAACAAGCUCGUGGGAACUAUCAGGCUAUCCAACCUGAGAAAAGGGACUUUUGGGAUUCGUUUGGUGAUUCAGAAUGGGAUGAUGAUAAACCAACAGCUAAGAAUAGCGCCAUCGGAACCAGUGGGAUUAAGAAGGCCGGUGGUGGUAGCGGAGCUGGUGGAAAGAAGAAUGAUGACUGGGGUGAUGAUUGGUGA